CAUCCGCUGAGGUCAAAGUUCACCAGUUCGCCUCUCAAAAUGGCGGCUGAACCAACACGGGAGUGGAGCGACGAGCAGCUCAAAAGUGAUGAUUUGCCCAAAAAGGAUCUCAUAAAGUUCAUCCAGGACAAUGCAGCUCACUCGUUCCUGAAUGAACACAAGCUGCUGGGAAACAUAAAAAAUGUCGCCAAAACGGCAAAGAAAGAGCAGCUCGUCAUCGCCUAUAAUCAGCUGUUUCAGAGCAAAAGAUUUAAAGGCACAGAUCCUGUUGAAGAAGUGACCGAGGAGGUGAAAGCUGUGAAAUUAGAAGAAAAGCCCAAAGAAGUGAAGACAGAAGUUGUGGAUGAGGGUCCUCCUAAAUUCACCAAAUCAGUGUUGAAGAAAGGCGACAAGACAAACUUCCCAAAGAAAGGCGACACUGUGAGCUGCUGGUACACCGGAACCCUGGAGGAUGGAACCGUGUUUGACACCAAUAUUCCCACAGCAGCAAGGAAGAAAAAGCAGGCCAAACCGCUGAGCUUCAAAGUCGGCAUGGGCAGAGUCAUCAGAGGAUGGGAUGAAGGUCUUCUAACGAUGAGCAAAGGUGAAACAGCUCGACUGGAGAUUGAACCAGAGUGGGCCUACGGAAAGAAGGGUCUCCCCGACUCCAAAAUUCCACCCAACGCGAAGCUGAUUUUUGAGGUAGAGCUGGUGGCUGUGGAUUAAAUAACUUCCCAGCAUGCACUACAUUUCAAGAAUGCACUCACUUUUAAAGGCCUUGCUGCAAAGAUCGAAGCGGCUCUUGUUUGGAGCCGUUUCCGGGGCGUUCCGUUUCUGUUCUAUCACAUUUAAACAGGUUGGAGUAACAAGUAAUUUCCAGUCAUUACCGCAUUUUCAAUUCUGGCCAAAAAGGAAUGGCUUGUCAAUAAUGUACAUAUGAGAGACCACGAAACGUGAUCCGCUUUUUGUUCUGUUCUUCUGCAUGUAUGCUGUAAAUGACGAAUAAACCCGUUUGAGUCUCUCAGUUCCGACAAAGGAAUUCCAACCUGA